AUAUACAAUGGAGAAAGGCUCAUGGGUAAACAAGAGGUAAAGCCCUCUUUGUUUUCGAAGCAGGGCCAAAUUCCUAGAGAAAGCACGUCUCACCAUUUGGCGGCGGUGGAAAGUUUCUUGGGAACUAAAACAAACAGCAGAGAGAAAGAUAUAAACUUCUCAACCACCAGAUUAUUGGAUUCAGAAGUCUUUUGCCUCUUGAGAAUUGAAGCUGAGAUUAGAAUCCAGACCAGGCUGAGCAAGCGAUUGAUCGGUGCCCAUCUCCAAGCAACUGUAGACUUCUAUUGAAGAAGUUUAAGAGGCGCUGAGUUGCAUCCCAGACUGCGUGGAAACGUGAACAUCCGAAACACACAGAACUCGGAAAAGACACAGAGGAUGAGCAACAAAGAAGACCCGAGCAAGUGUUGCCCCGCAGCCGCUCCGAUCUCCAGUUUUACCAUCCAGUCCAUCCUGGGCAGCGGUACCUCGGAAGGGGGCAGGGAGCCCAGUUCCAAGGCAGCGGCCGCCUGGCCGGGCAGGAAGCGAAGUCUGUCUGUGUCCUCAGAGGAAGAGGAGCCGGAGGAGAGCUGGAAACAUCACGGCUGCUUCUGUCCUGAGUCGCAGGGCCCCAAAGAAACUUGCCACAAACACCAGCCCAUCAGUUUCACGUGUCUCAGCAAUCCAAAGGGGAAUGGAGGCGCAAUGACGGUAAAUACAGACAGGACGCAGUUCCUCUCCCAAUCCCAACAGGACUUGAAGGAGGAAAAAGAGAAACACUUCCCUCCAAACUCCCCGUCUUCUGGGGACAGGCAAAGGGACGGAGGGGACAGACAGGCUAAUUCAGCCAAAAAGAAGACCCGCACUGUUUUCUCCCGGAGCCAAGUGUACCAGUUGGAAUCUACCUUUGACAUGAAGCGAUACCUGAGCAGCUCGGAGAGGGCCUGCUUGGCCUCCAGUUUGCAGCUGACGGAGACCCAGGUGAAAACCUGGUUCCAGAACCGCAGGAACAAAUGGAAAAGGCAACUCUCGGCAGAACUGGAGGCGGCUAAUAUGGCUCAUGCCUCAGCUCAGACACUAGUGGGGAUGCCCCUGGUUUUCAGAGACAAUUCCCUUCUGAGAGUGCCAGUGCCCAGGUCUAUCGCCUUCCCAGCCCCUUUAUACUACCCAGGCAGCAACUUGUCAGCCUUACCUCUCUAUAAUCUCUACAACAAGAUCGACUACUGACUCUGAAAGUCUCCUCCUCUGUAUAGCUCUCCGCUAGCCGCAAUGACUUUUCAUAGAUUUCACCCGUCUGUAUCCACAGGAAAACAAAUGUGCUUCUUGCAGUGUUAAGAAAUACACCAUGUGUAUUCAUUAUUUUUAUUUAUUGGAUCCUCUCGAUUUGUUUGUUUAUGUUCUAGGCUGGCAUAGUGUUUUUAUGUACGAUCGCCAUGCAUUAUCCCACCAGACAUAACUGACUUUCUGAGCUUCCCGGGACUUUCAAAACAAAUUGCAAUCGUCUCUCUGUCUACAUGUGCAGGUAGGAAAAGGCCCAGGGCGCUUGGUUAUUUGUCUCUGCAAUUGUAUAGGCCAAUUUCAACCCCCCCACCCCGCGCUCCCGCCCGCACUCUUUUCCUGAAUAUUAUUCUAUCACUUGAAAAUAAAAUUUAAAAAACAUAUUUCAAAUCUGUAAAUAUUUUUAAAGAAAAUAAAACAUUUUAAACAUC